AUGUAUUUUCAUUUGUUUCAUCUACAAACUACAAGUAAAUCAUCGACAUUGAAAAUGAAGUCUACUCUCGCUCUUCUUGCUGGCCUUCCUGCUGCUGCCCUCGCUCUCGGCAUCGACAUGGACGACAUCCCGUCGGCUUGCAAGCCGAUCUGCAAGCCCAUCGGGACACUCUCUGAUAGAUGCGAUGUAGAUCUCAAGAGCGAUAUUGAUAGAGACGAGGACCGGUUGACCAACCAGUGCAUCUGCACCAACAAGAGCUUCGACGUGGCCAAGAUUGCUGCGCUGUGUGCCGCCUGCGUGCACCAGAGCCAGAAUAUGGAUAGCGACCAUAAGGACAAAGGUGAUGCAAAGGAUAUCGAUAAUCUGCUCAAGGGGUGCGGAUUCGCAAGCACGUCGUAUAAUCCGACAGAUUCGGCAGCCGCAGCGAGUGUCACGGUGGCUGCGACCGCCCCGACAGAUAUAAGCCAAUUGACGACGACAAUUGACGGUAACGGGGCACAAACUACGCCUGGUGGUGUGAAUCUACCAACGAAGACACAGUCGUUGAUUACACUGACGGGGGAGAAUACCAGCAUGGCAGCGACUAAGACGGGAGGAAGCAGUGGCAGUAGCAGCGGCACAGCAUCAGCAAGUAGUAGUUCGUCAGCAGGUGUCGCUACCAUGGGUGCUAAUGCGGCAUAUGUCGGUGCUGCUGCUGCUGCUGCGCUGGCUGCUGUGGCUUACUAG